AUGAUACAAGGUAUGAUGGAUAAUAGGGAGAUGGAAUUCUGUGAAGGAGUUCAAGAGGAGAAUCAUGUAUGCGCGUCAGAGUUGGCAUUGGAAGUUCCAAAGGCUAACCAUCCUGUGGUCAUCAUUUCACGACCUCAGAACAGUGAGGUUGGGGCACGUAUAACACCAAAAGUAAUCAUUCAAAAAUCGGCUGUAUUUGCAUAUAAGGAUAACAAGAGGGUUCCUUGGAAUUACGAUUGUAAUGUGACAAUCCCGGGGAAGGAGGAUAUAAUCAGUAAAGAGGAUCAGGAUGAAGGAAGGCACUACGAACAGAUGAAAGCUCGAGAAGGGCCAAUAAGAGAAGAAGCUUCGGUUGGAAAGAGGAAGAAUGCGGUCGAACCUGAAUUAUUGGUCAAUGAACCAAUCAAAGAAGAGGAAGCUAGAGAGUUCUUGAAGUUCCUAAAGCAUAGCGAGUACAGCAUUGUGGAACAACUGCACCAACAACCAGCUCGCAUAUCUGUGCUAGCUUUACUCCUGAACUCGGAGGGACAUCGAAAUGUACUACUGAAGGUGUUAAAUGAAACUUAUGUGGCCGACGAUAUCUCUGUUAACAAGUUAGAUCGACUGGUCGGCAAUAUAAGCGCUGAUAACUUCAUCUCCUUUAGCGAUGAUGAAAUACCACCUGGGGGUAUGGGAUCUACUAGAGCUUUACACAUCACUGCAAGGUGUAAAGGGUGCAUAUUACCAGGAGUUCUGGUAGACAACGGGUCGGCACUGAAUGUAUUGCCUCUAUCCACGCUCAACAGGCUACCUGUGGAUAGUUCACAUAUGAAGUCGUGCCAAAAUGUGGUGAGAGUAUUUGAUGGCACCGAGAGGAAAGUUAUGGGAAGAAUUGACAUACCCUUGUUAAUUGGCCCAACUAUCUAUGAGGUAGACUUCUUGGUUAUGGACAUCAAGCCUUAUUACAGUUGCCUAUUAGGAAGGCCAUGGAUUCAUUUAACAGGAGCGGUACUGUCAUCGUUACAUCAAAAACUGAAGCUAGUGUCAGAAGGUCGGCUAGCGACGAUAAAUGCUAAAGAAGAUAUCAUUGCAUCUGUGACCAACGAUGCGCCUUAUUUGGAAACAAGUGAUAAUGCAAUCGAGUGCUCUUUCUAUUCCUUGAAGUUCGUAAAUACAACAUUCAUCCUUGAGGGAAACAAGAUCCCGAUGUCGAGAAUAUCAAAGACCACAAAGAUGGGAUUGGGGAAAUAUCUUCAGGGCCAAGUUGAGGCUCCAGUGUUGAAAGACAAACAGGACCGUUUUGGCUUAGGAUACAAGCCAGAUGCUAGGCAGAAGAGGAUAGAGCAAGAAAAGAAGCGAGAAAGAAGAAGGGCUCGUUUGACAGGAUCGCAUGAUUUUGAAGAUGACGAAGACUGUGGUUUGUCUCCUGACUUGUUGAAGAUGGUAGAAAGGGUCGAAAAACAAAUCUUACCUCACAGGGAAUCAAUAGAAAUUGUGAGCUUGGAGGAAAGAAAGGGGGUGAAGAUCGGAUCGGAUAUCUCUGCAAAGACGAGACAAUACCUCAUCGAGUUACUCCGAGAGUUCAAGGACGUGUUUACAUGGUCGUACCAGGAUAUGCCGGGGUUGAGUACCGACAUUGUAGUCCAUUGCCUUCCUAUAAGAGAGGAUUGUAAGCCAGUGCAGCAAAAGCUCAGAAGAAUGAGGCCUGAUAUCAUGUUGAAGAUAAAAGAGGAGGUCUAG